GGACAAACACACUGGGACCACCAUUCUUGGUCAAAAAAGCUUCCAUACACAAAAACACAAAGUUUAUGAUUUCCAUCCUAGUUUUAUUUUUCUUAAUUUUGCUGGAAAAGAUGGUCUUUUGACGACAUAGUAUCAGAGUGUUGCUCCUCUAGCUAGACAUCACGAGUUUGAACGGAGCGAUUUUUCGUGAUGUAACAGGAAGAAGAGAAAGAGAAAAAGACUAGCGGUGAAGAAAUGGCAUCAUCAACAACAGGUGCAAUUACUAAAAAGAAGGAGAAGAAGAAGGGACAGAGAAAGGUAGAGGGGAUUUUGGCAAAGGCAAGGUCUGCCAUUAGAAAUGCUUCUAGGAGUAUGGUAUCCCUUCACCAUGACCCUGAUUAUGUCCCUCAAGGCCCCAUCUAUCACAAUGCCAAUGCCUUUCAUAGGAGCUACUUGGAGAUGGAGAGGGUGUUCAAGAUGUACGUGUACUCGGAAGGGGAGCCACCAAUCUUCCACAACGGACCCUGCAGAAGCAUAUAUUCCACCGAGGGGAGGUUCAUCCACCAGAUGGAGAAGGGGACUCUGUUCCGAACCAACGACCCCGACAAGGCGUUGGUCUAUUUCCUCCCCUUCAGCGUCGUCGUCAUGGUUCAGUACCUCCACGUCCCCGGGGCCCACCACAUGCACCCCAUCGGCAACACCGUCGCCGACUACGUCUCCCUCGUUUCUUCCCGCCAUCCCUUUUGGAACCGCAGCCUCGGCGCAGACCACUUCAUGCUCUCUUGUCAUGACUGGGGGCCAUACUCGACGACUUACGUACCAGAACUGUUCAACAACUCCAUUAGAGUACUGUGCAACGCCAACACCUCCGAGGGGUUCAAUCCCCGGAAAGACGUCCCGUUGCCGGAAAUCAACCUGAAGACGGGAGAAAUUGCCGGCCUCAUCGGCGGGCCCUCCCCAUCCAGGCGCUCCAUACUUGCCUUCUUCGCAGGCGGCCUGCACGGGCACAUAAGGCACGUCCUCCUAGACCGGUGGAAGAACCGAGACCCGGACAUCCUGGUCUACGACAAGCUGCCGGAGGACGGCAAGUCGUCGUACGAGUGGAUGCUGAGGAACAGCCGGUUCUGCCUGUGCCCGAGCGGGUACGAGGUGGCGAGCCCGCGGGUCGUGGAGGCGAUCUACGCGGAAUGCGUGCCGGUGCUGAUAUCGGAGGGGUACGCGGCCCCGUUCAGCGACGUGCUGAACUGGAAGGCGUUCUCGGUGGCGGUGGAGGAUAUAGGGAGGCUGAAGGAGAUACUGAUGGGGAUAUCUGGGAGUCAGUAUGUGAGGAUGCAGAGGAGGGUGAAGCAGGUGCAGAGGCACUUUGUGAUCAAUGGCCCUCCCAAGAGAUUUGAUCUCUUCCACAUGGUUGUUCACUCUAUCUGGCUCAGGAGAUUGAAUGUCCGCCUCGCUUCAUGAUAUUAUUGCUGCCUUGAAAUUUUGGGUUUUUUCUGUCUCUGAUUGAAAUUAUUUUGGUUUCCAUUUCUAUAAGAACGUGGACUUCAGGUAUUGGUUUUUUCUUUGAGAUUUGUGAAUCACUUGCAAAUUAAAGCAAUUUCAACGGU